CUCCUUCUUGCUCAAUUCAGUUCAGCACACUCUUACAAUUCUCAGCACAAGGAUCGAAAACUAUUGUUUCUAUCUAGCUCUAAUGACCUAAGGUCCUUCGUCAAAAUGCCCCGGAGAAAAUUGGCCGGAGCCCGGGAUCGUCGGAGGCGUCAGAACGCUGAAGCACAGCGAGCAUAUCGCACAAGGCAAAAAGAGAAGGUUCAGCAUCUUGAGCUGAUAGCAAUGGCUGCGUGGUGCACCCAGGGGCUCUCUGUUACACCGCAACCCUCGAAUGGCGAGAUCGGCCCGUUUCUCUCACCAGUGAUGGAGAGUUCGGCAAGCCCAACGCUAUAUGAGAGUGAUAAGCCCCUGAGGCUGAUGGCUUCUGAGAUCUACCAGUCUCUCCUGGCUUUACCGGAACGACAGACUGCGAAAUGCUUUGAGAUCAUGGCGAGGGAAGAUUUCGCGCUUCGCGAUAUUGUAAAAUACGGCUUGAUAGAUAUGGGAUACGCGAUGAGUCCUACCCUUUACAGCAGGGCCGCAGCGUCGUCUUCACUUGCCUGGAUUGACCUUGUCAGGUCAAGCUGCGGCGGUGUUGAUAUGAAGCAAGCCGUGACUGCUGGUGUUAAGAUCCUGGCCCGACUCACGGUACCUGGCAAAUGGCAAGAACGCGCGUACUUUGAGCAGUCAAGCCCGAGGUUAUGCACAAACACUAUUACGCUGAGCGCCAUGUCAUUUAUAUCGGCACUGCACGCGAACGCGGUACGGCUCAAGAUGGCACCAGACACUUUAAUGGCCAACGAAGCUCAGUCACAAUUUUACCACCCCGCAAAUACUUGUUAUAGCGGGUUUGAACCUUGUUCAAUCGUCGACAACUGGCAUACAGAAAAUAUCCCGCCCGACCUUCGCCCGACCUUUAUUCAGCAAAGUUUGCCGCAUCAUCCAUGUCAUGAUCUGAUCCCUUGGGCGUCCUUCCGCACAAAAGUCAUCAGAUUCAGUUGGAUGAAUCCGCCGCUGAUCGAUGAAGAUGAUCUAUGUCUUGACAUGCUGAGCGGUGGAAUUCGUUGUUGGGGCUCAACAAUGGGUUCGAUGCAUGGGCGAGGGCAAGGCGUACCAUGGGAUUCGCGUAGCUGGGAAGCAAUGCCUUGGUUUCUGGAGAAGUGGAAGUUACUCUCAGGUGGAGAGGGGGACGAUAUGUCAAGGACCAGCGCUUGGUGGAGGUGUCUGCAAGGCAUCGAUAUGAACCAUGCCUGAGAUGGCAACUCUAUCAGUAAUGUUUCGUAAUCUCCAAGUCCGUAGAAUCUUAUGUCGAGUUCAGCUACCUAUAAGCGAAAUCAGCGAGAUAAUCAGGAAAGGAUGACAAUAUCCUAUAAUACAUAUUGACCCUCCACAAGUACAC